UCCCACAGUCACACACACACACACACACACGCACGCACGCAAGCACGCACACACACCCACGCACGCACACACCCUGCGCCUGGCACAUAGAGAAAAACAGAAAGUCAGGUAGAGCUGCCUGCAGAGUUGUCCCUAACUAUUCUCCAGUCUCCGGUUCCGUCGCCAUGUCUCUGCCCACCGUGUCCCGCCUGUUCAGGAGCGCGCUCAGGACUCAGCUGGUCCCUGUGGCCCAUGUCUCGGCCAAACCUGCCAAGCACCAUAUCUCUGCGGGGGAGCAGGCGAUAGCCAUGACUGCCCUGUUCGUGGCCAUCUUGGGUCCCUCCGGCUGGAUCCUGGCUCACCUGGAGGACUACAAGAAGAAGUAGUAGAAGAGGAGGCGGAGGAGGGAGAACAGAGGAUCAUUCCUGCCCAGAUGAAGAUGCAGAUCAGCCGCCCCCUCUCCCUCCAGGCCUCUUCCUCGCUCGUCCUUCUGAUCAGACCAGAUGCCAGUUUUCUGCUUUCAAGUUUUUCCUGCACUUCUGUUCAUGCACAUCUGUGCACCGAUCAACCUCUUACCAAUAAAUACAUGUUCCGUGUACAGA